AUGGACACUGCGGUGUCGGACCCGGCCGCCAGCCGGCAGGUGCUCGACCAGCCGCUGGUGCGCGCGAAAACCAAGGUCAGCCUGAGCGCCUUCUGCUUCCUCUUCAGCGAGAUGGUCCAGUACUGUAUGUACACCGCCACUCGCCAGGCUACCUUCACCCAGAGGCUGCACGCGUUGGGCCUCGAUAUCGGCUACCGUCUGCUGGAGAUGCUGAGCGCGAGGGAGCGCGUCGCGAAGCGCCACGCCAACGUGGUUUCCGUGCUCUCCUUCAUCUCUACAACCGUGUGGAAGCACCUGUUCGGUCACGCCGCGGUGCUGCUGAAAGGCAAGGACGACCCGAGGGAGUACAUGAUAAGUGACAAGGAGCUACAAAUAACUAAGUUCAUCAGCACCCCAAAGGACCUGCAGCACACGAGCUGCGCCGCCUUUGUGGCCGGCAUGGUUGAGGGCAUGUUGCGCUGCAGCGAGUUCCCAGCGGUGGUGUCGGCGCACAACAUUUUGGAGGACAACCAAGAGUACUCGGUUACCAUGCUGAUUAAGUUCGAGCAGGCAGUGCUCGAUCGCGGCGGUGGUGAGGAUCGUCAUUCCGCCACAUUUGUCGUGUGUACAGCGAGCCGUACGCAACCGUUUUCUGAACUCCUAUUCACGAUGGACGCCGGUGGUAAAAUCGGCGGCAAAAUUGGUGGAAAGAUCGGCGGUAAGGUCGGCGGUCUCGGUAAGGGUGGCAAGGGCAAGGCAGGUGCCGGCAAGGGCAAGAAGACGCCCAUGAGCCGUGCUGCUCGUGCGGGUCUGCAGUUCCCCGUCGGUAGGGUUCACCGUAUGCUGAAGUCGCGUAUCUCCGCCGACGGUCGUGUUGGUUCCACCGCUGCGGUGUACACCUCCGCCAUCCUGGAGUACCUCACCGCUGAGGUGCUUGAGUUGGCUGGUAACGCGUCCAAGGAUUUGAAGGUGAAGCGUAUCACUCCUCGCCACUUGCAGCUGGCCAUCAGGGGUGACGAGGAGCUGGACACCCUCAUCAAGGCUACCAUCGCCGGCGGUGGUGUCAUUCCUCACAUCCACAAGGCCCUCAUGAACAAGACUCCUCCGCAGGUGCUGGUUAAGCCUCCGCAGCCCCAGCCCCCGAGGCGCGUCUAA